CAACUCCCUCAUCGUAAGCCCGCAGAGCAAAGGGCGCGAACGAUCGAUGGCCGGCGACGAGCGAGUAGAGAUUAGCAUCAAGGCCAUCGGCCCAUCUCCUCCCUCCUCGAUUCGAGUUCCCUCCCUCAUCAAGGUCUCCGAUCUGAGAUCUCUGGUCUCUUUAGAUCGCCAGCUUCCCAAGGACCGAUUGAAGCUCAUCUUGAAAGGGAAAAUUUUGAAGGACGAGAACGAGGAUGGCGAGGAUGUCAAUGUCAGAUUCAACAGUGGCGAUUCUCUCGUGGUAGCAGUCGUGCCAAAACCUCCUGCUAAACAUCUUCAAGAGGACGAUGAGGAGGAGGAAGAUCUGAGGUUUCAAAUGCCACAGUCAUCAAGCCGGUGGAAGAGGAGAAUGGUGUCUUUUCUCCGUGACAAAUUAAGAUUUCCAGAUUUCCUGUUGAUAGCGAUUUUCUCUAUUAGUCUGAAGGCAUGGGCUUGCAUAUUCCUAUGGUUUUCAUUGGCACCUGUAGCUCACAGAUGGGAUUUAGGUCCCUUGUAUAUACUGGGGACUGGCUUUUUGAUCAUACUUCUGAACCUUGGAAAGAGACAACAAGGAGAUGUUAGUGCGUAUUCAAUAUUCAAUGAAGAUUUCAGGGAACUUCCUGGCACAUUGAAUGCAGAUCGUCUGGAUAGAGACAUCAGGGCUGGUCAAUUUUAAGUCUCUUAGCAUCUUAAUGCUUUCAAAAAUGUAACUUAAUUGGAAAAAAGAUGCACACAAUAUAUUUCGGGGUAUGGCUGUUUACUUAAGUUCCUCAAACAACGGAGUGGCAGAAGAUUUUCGGCUUUUGGGUUUACAAGGAACAAAUCUGACAAUGAGAAAGUGUCAUCCCCAGAGUCAACAAGUGUGCUGCAAUUUUUUUCGGUCUUCCAGUGAAAAGACGGUGAUGUGGUCCUUGUGCUUAGCUAUCUGUAUCUAUAAAGUGAAUGAACAUAACGAAGAUUGGAAUUGCUAGUGUAAGCGAAAGCUUAUGUGUGCAUGUGGUCGCAGUUGUGCUGUGCGGUGAAAAUACUUGCGGCGGGCUUAUAUGCGGAGUAUGGAUUUGCUUGUUGGUCCUUGAGCGAGUGUAGAGAAAACUAGCAUCAAAAGAACAGUUAUAAAAUUUUUUAUCUUCAUAGCUCGUUCUAGUUCUAUUGAUUUCGCGUAGUUUUUGUAUAAGCAGAAGUAUCAAUGUUGACGGAGAAAACAGAAGGGCUACGUUAGGCAGACUUCUGGUUGAUUAACUCUUAAGCGGAUUAAGUUGGGCAAUUAGCUCACAAGUAUUUGUAUUUACUUCUGGAAAGAACAAGUAUGUUCGUCGUAUA